GUGUUAACACAAUCAUAUUUCCCUACAGAUAGUCCGGGGAUAAAUUUUUAUCCUAACACCGAAAAUAUGGCGUCGAUUGUUCGUGCUGUCAAAGUUUGUAGAAGUUCCGUUUACAAUGUAAUCCGAUGUACACAUUCACAUUCAGGAGUGCACCAUGGUUUCCCUGAGUCAUCAUUUCCAAAAAUUACAACACAUUACACUGUCAACCCAAGAGAAAAUGAUAAAAGAUGGGCAGAUGUUGACAUGGAGAGGUUUGCAGAUGAGGCAGAUGUUGUCAUUGUCGGCGGAGGACCAGCAGGUCUCUCUGCAGCUUGUAGACUUAAACAGUUAGCUAAUGAACAAGAAAAGGAACUCAGAGUUUGUCUUGUUGAAAAGGCAGCAGAAAUUGGUGGUCACACGUUAUCAGGGGCAUGUAUAGAAACAAGAGCACUUGAUGAACUCUUCCCAGACUGGAAAGAAAGAGAUGUGAGAUGUUUUAAGUCUAUAGCCUUAUAAUAUAGAGAGAUUAUUUAUGUUUUAAUUCCUUUUAAUUAGUUUCAAGAAUUACGCAAGUCUAGUUUCUACUGUACCAUUUUUUAAGUUUUUAGUUUCAUUAGCAUACAUCUUUGCGAGUUUCGACAGAGACUUCUUUUUUGUUGGGAUAUGAUUUUUUCUUGCCUUCAUACUUAAAAAAUGAAAUAAAUGAGAAAAAGUUAUAUAUUCAUGGGCCAUGGCACAACCAUGAAGAUUAGAAUAAUAAUGAUUGUAAGUAUGCAGUCAUAGUUCUUUCUAGGGAAGGCAGUAAUGUUCUGACAUAGUCCUCAUAAUGAAUUCAAUUUGAACAAAGUUUUACAGUUUGAAGGGUAUGGUUGCCCAUGUUUUUGGUAAUGGAUGCUCAUAUAUGGUAUCCAUAUGAAAUUUGUAGAGGACUUCAAAUUCAGAUAUUCUAGAAUAUCUACAGCAUCAGCAAAUGUUGUUUUAGAGAAAAGCUCACUCAUGUCAUGACAAAAAUGUAUUUUAUUUAAAUGCAAUUUCAACAAUAUUUAAAACCUUUGUUUUACAUGCAGGUCGUAAGUUGUCUUCUUUCUGGAUUGCUAUUUAAAGCUGCAUGAUCUGUGUGCCAGGAAAACAAGUUUUAAACUUUAAGCUUACCAUUCCUUGCUUCAUAUUAUUCCUAUCCCUUUGCUUUGUGAGAUCUGUUAAAUCUCUGUAUAGUUUCUUUUCAUUUUUACAACAUUCAGAUUGUAAAUUCUUUCAGCAGAUGAAAUGAACUUCUUCUUGUCAGUGUUUAUUUUGAUUCUUAUUCUACUUCCUU